ACACGCACUAUAAUCUGCUUUUUACAGCCGCAUUUAGAGCCCGUUAUUCCACACAGCUGCAUUAAUUAUGACGCUAAUGAAGCUCUUCACUGGAUUACGAGCCGCUUUUCACAUAUUCAAGAGAGAGCACCAUCACCAGCACAGUGUGGGAAUCAUUGGCGCACCUUUCUCGAAAGGACAGCUGAAAGAUGGUGUACAGAGGGGACCAGAUCUCAUUCGAGCAGCUGGAUUGGUGCAGAAACUUAAAUGGCAAGGUUGUGUAGUGAAGGAUUAUGGAAAUUUGACAUUUGAAGAAGUUCCAGAAGAUGAGCCUGUUGGCCGAGUGAGGACUCCUAGAGUGGUGGGCCGAGCCAAUGAGCUGCUUGCAGGAACUGUGCAGAAGAUCAAGAAUGAUGGCAAAACCUGUGUGAUGCUGGGAGGAGAUCACAGUUUAGCCAUUGGUUCAAUCUCAGGUCAUGCUGCUUCAAGAAAUGAGUUGAGUGUUUUAUGGGUGGACGCACAUGCAGACAUCAACACACCUUUAACCACGCCCACUGGAAACAUUCAUGGCCAACCGCUGUCUUACCUCAUCUAUGACCUGCAGUCUAAGAUUCCCAAAAUUCCACAUUUCUCAUGGGUGAAGCCUUGUAUAGCUGCAAAAGACAUUGUGUAUAUUGGACUCAGAGAUGUAGACCCAGGAGAACAUUAUAUCAUGAAGUACCUUGGUAUCAAAACCUUCUCCAUGACAGAGGUUGAUCGGCUUGGAAUAGCGAAAGUCAUUGAGCAGGCCUGUGAUCACAUGUUUUUCAAAGUGAAGAAACCUAUCCACCUGAGUUUUGACAUUGAUGCACUGGACCCCUCAGUGUCACUUGCAACAGGCACACCUGUAACAGGAGGGCUUACCUAUAGAGAGGGCAUUUAUAUCACUGAGCACAUCUGUCAAACAGGGCUGCUGUCUGCUGUAGAUAUGGUGGAAGUGAACCCACAGCAGGGCAGAACAGAUGAUGAGAUUAAAUCAACAGUAAACUCUGCAGUGGAUCUGAUACUGGGCUGCUUUGGACGGGUCCGUGAGGGGUCUCACGAGCCAGAUUACAAAUUACCAAAUCCAUAAAUUAAUGGCUUUGUUUUUGUUUCUUUUACAUUAUUUUACUUACUGCCAUGAUAUUAAAGGUGCUCCUAUCACCCAAAAUGAAAAUUCUGUAAUAAUUUACUCACCCUCAUGUCAUUCUAAACCUGUAUGACUUACUUUCUUAUACGCAACACAAAAGGAAAAACUUAAAUGAAUAACCUGGUCCGCCAAAUACAAUGGCAGUUGAUAGUGACUCACUUUAAAGUUUAAAAAACAGCUAAAAGUAUUAUUGAAGUAGUCCAUGUGGCUUGUGUGUGCUAUUCCAAGUCUUUUGAAGCCAAACUAUAGUUUUUGGUGAGAAACAACCCAAAAUCUAAAGGAAUGUUCUGGGUUCAAUACAAGUUAGGCUCAAUUGACAGCAUUUGUGGCAUAAUGUUGAUUACCAAUAAAAUUCAGUUUGAUGCAUAUUGUUUAUGCCUUGUGGCUAAACUUUUGAAACAGUAUUUAAAUUUGCCCCCAUUCACUUCCAUUGUAAGUGCCUCACCGUAACCUAGAUUUCUGCUUUUUUUAAAGAAAAGGAGGGACGAGUCGAAAUUGUUUUAUGUGGUAAUCAAUAUUAUGCUACAAAUGCUGUCGAUUGAACUUGUAUUGAACCCAGAACAUUCCUUUAAGUUAUUUUUUAUUGAAAAUAUUGAUGUCUGUUACAUGUUCAUGAGCACUACAAAAGCAGCUCAUUCACAGUGGCUUGCAUGUUCACGCAAGAACUUGCAUUGUUUUUAGUACUGUACAAAUGUAACCCAUUGUAUUAAGAAGAUGGACUGGUAAAUUAAUUUAAAAAAAUAAAAAAUAAAACAAAUCCUGUUAUGCACAGGGGUGGAAAGAGUACUGAAAAAUCCCAAAAAUGUAGUGUGAGUUGAGUAAAUUAAAAGCACAGUACCUGUCCUAAAAACUAUUUGAGUAAAAGUAGCUCAUUUAAAUGUACUCAAGAGUAAUAAGUAUUGAGUUGCAAAUACUAUGCCCCCUUUUAUUAAACAGUGUAUACGCUUCCAUUUAAAAAUAUAGCAUACUGUAAUUCACAUUCUCUUUUAUGGCUGUUUGUCAGAAAGAAUGAAAAAUGUAGGUACUCCAAUUGACUGCCAACUUUUUUGUUUUUGUUUGUCUUUAUUUGUAGUUUGCCCUUUUUUGCACAUCUGUCCUUUAGAACUCUUUUCGAUAUGCAUUCACAGAACUGCUUUAAUUUGGAUGGGUGUUUUCUCUGUUAAAAAUGUAUUUCAAAAUUAGGUAACUGUCAUAUCACUUAUCUAUGAUAAACACUACAUGUAUCUUCUUGCAAAAAUAAAAGGAAUAUAUGAUUACA